AUGACGACGAUGACCGUCGCCCUCGGAGCCGCGAUCGCGCUUCCUCGGACCGCAGGUGUGCGCCGCACGCGCGUCGCGGCGGCCGCGCGCGCAUUCCCCACGUCCCGCAUCGCGCCGCGUGUCGCAAUCUCCUCGCGUCGUCGCGAUGCCUCCUCGGUACUGCAGGCCAGCGAUAACCCCGGCCAGGCGCCCAGCCUGAGCGUGAACGACGAGAACGCGGAGGAACCCGCGCUGAGCCCUCGUCCGAAGCCGACGAAGAAGCCCGACGAACCGGUGCCCAACCCGCCCCUCAGGGUCGCCGCGUUCCUCGCAGGCGCCGGGUUCUUGGAAUCGUCCUACCUCGCAGUCGAGAAGCUCACCGGCGGGGAGGUGACGUGCCCGCUGACGGGAUGCCAGACGGCGCUCAACUCCGGGUACUCCGAGCUCUUCGGCGUGCCCCUGUCCGCAUACGGCGCUGCGGCGUACUUCGGGGUGGCCGCGCUCACCUGGUGGGGCGCGGGCAUGGCCGGCAACGAGGAGGAGAAGGAUGCGUACCAGCGCGCGAGGGUGCUCACAUUCCUGUCAACUGCGGGCCUCGCGGGCGUGAGCUCGUACCUCCUGUACCUGCUCGCGGUUCCCUUCGGGGGCGCGGAGUGCGUGUACUGCCUCACGUCCGCGGCGAUAUCCUUCUCGCUCUUCGCCAUCGGUCUCAGCGGGGUGAACGGUCGGGACUUUGGCAAGGCUGCGCCGGCGGCGUUUUCGGUGUACAUCGUCACCGUGCUCUCCCUCUCCGUGCUGCUGACGGACGACUCCUCCCAGGCGAACAUAAACUCGCUCAAGCUGCCGUACGCCGCCCCGGUGAUCGAGGCUCAGUCCACAUCGUACAGCAGGGACCUCGCGGCGCACCUCAAGUCCGUCGGCGCGAAGAUGUACGGGGCGUUCUGGUGCUCGCACUGCGAGGAUCAGAAGGAGUUUUUCGGCGCGGGUGCCGACAUUCCCUACGUGGAGUGCUUCCCCAACGGGUGGGAGAGGGGCACGCCGGUGGCGGCGGCGUGCUCCGCGGCGGAUAUCCAGGGAUUUCCGACGUGGAUUUUGGCGGACGGGCAGAAGCUCGAAGGGGAGAAGACGCUCGCUGAGCUGGCAAAGCUGACCGGGUACGAGGCACCGGGUCCGGGGGCGCUGCCGACGGCGCCUGGUCUGGACGCGUCGUCGCAGCUCGACUCGUUCCUGAGUCAAUAGAAACGGGUCAAGUCUCUCAUGCUAACAUAACAUUACAUAAAGUU